AUGGCGUCUCGCGGGUUUUGUGCAGCGCUCCUGCUGCUUUCCUUCGGACUUAUAAUGUGCCUCCAAGCGGUCCCGUCUCAGAGCGUCCGAUGCUACUCCAGGCCUCUCGCGCCUUGCGACUUCGUGGUGAAAGGAAGUGCAGGAGUUGUGCCACAGUAUCGCGUGGUGUCGUUUCUUGGAAACAAGCUGCUCAGCCGCACCCCCAUCAUCCACAAGUCUGGCGAUCUUGUCAUCACUGCUUCUUCAGAUGACUGCACGUUCGUGAACUCGGGUGCGAGUUGCGAGAACCGUUUCUUCUUCAUGCCGCCAGGCAACGACUACAACAAGACCAACUUUAUCGGGCAACACCCCAUUGCACGCACUGGCCUUGCGGUAUACAAGCAGCAGUGCGUUCUUCUGUACAUGAACAACGCUCUCCUGGCGAGGGCUGGGUGGCUCAAUAACGGGGACAACAAGCGCAAGUUUCCCCAGGCUCGUCGCUGUUUUGCACCAUGUAAGAACGAACUGCUUAUUGUCUGUUCCAGCUGUCCUUUCCCAUUUUGCUCAUCCGUUUCCGUGGCUACCCGCGCAACUUUCGGCAAAGGCUGCACGUCGGUAGAGGCCGAAAUUCGCCAUUCACGAGCUGCCUCCAACUUCUGCCAUUUUCACAAGCAUAGAAUGACGAAGAUGGUGUGGCGGAUAAGCUGGUCUGUGUCACUCACGCUCCUCCUCGUGUCGCUAGUCGCAGCCUUGUCGCACAGCGACACGCCCACGAAUCUGAUCCUCAAUGGCGACAUGGAAGAGCCCGGUGUACGCGGCGACGCCAGCGUCGCAGGCCCGCUCACGCGCCGCCACAGGAAACGCCUCCCCUCCGCGUGGCACCUAGUUUCCGGGUCGAUUAAGUACGUGCGCCUCGAGCACUGGCCCGCAGCCUCCGGCGAUCAUAGCAUCGCUCUCAACGGCCACGGACCUGCGACUCUCGCGCAGCGUGUGGUAACCCGACCAGGCGAAUUCUACUUCGUGCACUUCGACCUCACUGGCGAUCCCGGUUUGGAAGACGAGGGCGCCGUGCGAUCGCUGCGGGUCAGCGUGAUAGACGAGGACAGUGGGGCGCCGGUUACCGCGCGAACAUACGAAUUCGACACCUUUUCGCACGGAGGUGCAGAGGAGGCGAAACGCAGUCGCGAAGGGAUGGGGUGGCGGUCGCACACGCUCGCGUUUGAAGCACCUGGCGUCGCUGUCACUCUGCUGUUCGCGUCGACAACUCCCGGAAUUCACGGCCCCGUUAUUGACAACGUGCGAGUGCACAAACAAAAUGCCACGUCAGCGUUCCUCCACUCGCCCAAUACGCUCUACCAUUCCCCCACAAUCGACACCGUGGGACCCGCCGCCACUCCCGAGGCGUGCGGGCGACGCUGCCUCGAGAUUCCCGACUGCCGCGGCUUCUCUAUUGACAUCCCCGUUCCCGGUUUAAGCGACGGUAUGGUACAGUGCCAUUUGAAGAUGCUUAUGAAGAAGCCAUCCAUGGUGGGGCAGAACCGAGCAGACUCGUACGUUCUGAAGCGCGCCGAGUGCUCGUUUGGGCACAGUAACGCGAUGCAAUGUCCGGACAUGCUGCCUAUAUCGGGGAUGCUGCCCAUGGCGUGUGUUGCGCACAAGUCGGCGAAGCGCCAGACAGAACACCCUUUCGCCGGAACCUGCAAGGCGCUAAAGCGGACGAAUCUGUGCCCAUUCGCGGGUGGUUACUUCGCUAAAGGGUUCGGUAAUAUCGGGAGCGCGGACGACUACAGGCGGUGCUCGUGCGUGGAGGGGUCGGGAGGAAUCGCGCGGUUGCAAUGCGGACACGUGGUGUAA